AUGGCCUACAAUCGCGGCUAUAACCCCGAUGCUCUACCUGCACACGCCGAACCCGAGCAGGCAGCGCAGAUGCUGAACCCAGGCAAGCCCUCCUCCAGCGCCGCGCCUCCACCUCGCCAACACUCCGGCUCGAGUCCUGCGAACUACAACAAGCCCGUGCCUCCGCCGCCAGGUCAGCAACAGGCUUACGGCCGCACACCACCUCCUCCCAGCGGAGGUUAUGGCUCGCAGCCUCCACCAUCUCAAAACUAUGGGCAGGCCUCAGGCGGCUACAAUGACUACAAUCGUGUAGCCUCCCCACGCUACGAGAACAACAACUCGCCUCGCUACGGUCAGCAGCCUCCUCCACAAAACUCGCAGCAGCAGUACGGCUACGGACAACAGCAGCAGCAAGCGCCUCCACCUCGAAACACCUACGGCUCGCCACCACCGCCUGCGAACUAUGGCCAAGCCCCGCCACCACAAUAUCACAACCGCCCGCCGAUACCUGAGCAGCAGCGACCGCCUACUGUGGCGCCGCCGAGAGAUCAGAAUGACCGCGAUGCGCUGUGGCCGCUUUUCUUGCAGGUGGACAAAGAUCGGACCGGGCAGUUGAGUGAAGCGGAACUGAGUCGAGCGUUGGUGAAUGGCGAUUACACUGCUUUUGACAUGCAUACUGUGCGGAUGAUGGUCCGCAUGUUCGACACCGACCGCUCUGGAACAAUCAACUUCGACGAGUUCUGCGGCCUCUGGGGCUUCCUCGCUGCAUGGCGCGGUCUCUUUGACAAAUUCGACCUCGAUCGCUCUGGCAACAUCUCCUUACAAGAGUUCCAGGACGCGCUGGUCGCUUUCGGCUACCGGCUGAGUCCGAACUUCGUCGCGUUGCUGUUUGGCACGUACGCGAAGAAGCAUUCGAGAGGCAGAGGGGAUGACGGCGAGCGGGAGAAGGUUUUGUCCUUCGAUCUGUUCGUGCAGGCGUGCAUUAGUCUGAAGCGGAUGACGGAUGUGUUUAAGCGAUUUGACACCGAUCGGGAUGGGUACAUUACGAUGAGCUUCGAGGAGUUCUUAACAGGUGCGCAAGGCCUCUUCCUCUUCAACUCCAUCUCUCCGCAGACGGACACGGGACUUUACUGA